AUGACCCAAUCCUUCACCCCCGCCGAGGUCGCAUCCCACAAUACCCCCGACAAGGGCCUCUACAUCAUCAUCGACAACAACGUCUACGACGUGACCAAGUUCGUCGACGAGCACCCCGGCGGCGCGAAGAUCCUGAAGCGCGUUGCGGGCAAGGAUGCCUCGAAGCAGUUCUGGAAGUACCACAAUGACGGCGUGUUGAAGAAGUAUUCGCCCAAGUUGAAGAUUGGGGAGGUGAAGGAGGCUGCGAAGCUGUGA